AUGGGCAUGAUGGGAUCCAGCACAGCCGGCACCCAGCUUCCCAGCCAUGUCGGAGACAGGCUCGAAGAAAUUGCAUCUCAGUGCCCCAGAUAUCUCAAUCGCGUUUGGACACCAAAUUCAGGAGGUGAUCGCAGACUGAACACUCCGCACACGAUCAUCACACAUGCGAUCCUCAAUCGCACCCAGCCGAGCAGCAUACACGACGUAUCUCUCGAUCGGCUGACAUCCACGGUCAGGUCGCACCUCCGGAACGAGCACGGAUGCGAGAGUAUGUUCUCGUCGUGGACACAGUCUUUCCAUUUUGCGUGGACGUUGGCGGAGUGGAAGUGCUCUACAGAGAGCGUCGACACGGUCUACAUCAGUAUUGUUGACACCAAAAGGCUUCCAUCGACAUGUCGGGUCCUGUAUACCCCCGCUUUGGGCCACAUCCUGGGUACCCUCCGCGUAUUUGUUCAUGAGUUCUUGUGCUUCGGCGCAGUGGCAGGUGAUGCGCACUACGCCAUUCAAUACGGCCUUCUUCGAAGAUACGGUGGGCCGCAAUGGCCAAGAGCAAAAGCACUGUUCAUGGAGAAGGUGACUCGUGCUGAUGUGCCUGUGGAAUGGCGACUGGACUCAAGCAUCAUGACAGACGGCUACGCGUACACCGGGCCUAUAGCAGAAGCUUACCAUUCGAUCUGCUUCCUUCGAGAGAUGGUUGAGAAGAUGUACGGAGUCCACACCGCAGGAUCAGGAGCGCGUAUUGCAGGUCCCAGCGGAGAUGCCGCCAAUAGCCAUGCAGCGACACCGCGUGACAAAGCGAAUGCACCAGUCACUCGAGUCCCUCCGGAGGUUCUCCGGCUCUACAUCGACAUGGUGGGCUGGGAGCAUCCUGAGAACUUCACCGGGCUCAGGCCUCUCCCCGACAGAUGA